AUGUUUGGGAACCUUAAGAACCUUAAGAUUCUUGAUCUUUCAAACAACCUAUUGUCACUUGAAGCUGGCAACAAUACCAGUUCUACUCUUCCCCAGCUUCAAGGGUUGUACAUGGGAUCUUGCCACAUAAAAGAAUUCCCAAAUUUCUUGAGAACUCAAGAUAAAUUGCAGAGUUUAGACCUUUCAAACAACCAAAUCCAGGGACAUGUACCUAGUUGGAUAUGGAAGGGGACUCUUUCUUUUUUGGAUCUUUCUCACAACAACUUGAGCGGUACAAUUCCGGAGGAAUCGAUAUGUAAAUUGAAUAGUCUAAAAAUCUUUGUUGCCUCUUACAACAACUUGAGCGGUUCAAUUCCGGAAUGUCUAGGCAACAUUGGCACCCUCUCAGUAUUGAAUCUAAAAGAGAAUAGUUUUCAUGGAUUAAUACCUCCACAUUUUACAAGUGCAAGCUGCAGCCUGAAGAUGCUCAAUCUCGGUGUAAACAAAUUAGAAGGCCAAGUGCCCAAGUCAUUGGCUAAUUGCACAACACUAGAGAUUCUAGACCUUGGGAAGAACGAGAUAUUUGAUACUUACCCUUCCUAG